UAUCAGAUAGCACAACUUAUCGCCCAUAAGCCUCAACGAAAUGCACCGCUCACAUGCCCAACUAUCUCCGACAUAGUUAGGGUUACGACAUAGGCGUCGGCCGCGAUGGCAGCCCACCAAAGCAAAAUCGCCAUCGCCGACGGGGGCCCGGUGAUGACAACUUCGCGGCGGCCCCCCAUGACAAGCAAACAAGCAAAGAAAGCCCACGCAAAGGCCAACAAUAUACCAAAAAUGAACUGGAAGGAACGCAAGCGCAUGGAGGCCGCGGAGCUGGCGGCGCAGAAGAGGGAGUUUGAGAGGGAGAAGGCGCAGGCUAAGGCGAGGGCUGUGAAGGCGAAGAAGGAUGCGAAGGAGGAGGUGGAGAGGGCGGAGAGGAAGAAGGCGGGGGUUCCGGAGAAGAGUAGGUGGGUGAGGCCUAGUCAGGGGAGGAUUACGGGGUUUUUGGGGCUGGGGAAGAGGGGGAGGGGUAAGGAUGUGGAGGAGGAAGAGGAGGAGGGGGGGGACGAGAGUGAUAACGAUGCCGAGGAGCCGGUGCCGAAGAGGGUUGCCAUGGAUGGAGCCGAAGAUGAUACGGAGGAGGAGGAAGAGGAUAUGCAAGAAAGAGAAGAUCGCAUUUCUAAAGCCCAGGGCAAUGUCCCCGCAAUAAAAACGCUGUGCGAUACCGAGGAUGGGGAGGAAGAUGCACAACCAGAGGAUAGGCCCGGGCCUCGGGAAGAUGUCCCUGUUGUUAGGACUGAGAGGGAAAAUAGUUUGGAAGCACAGCCAGAGGCAGAAGUUCUGCAAGAUCCGGAAGAUCCGGAACUAGAAGUUAAACGAGAGCUGGUGGUUCAGUCCGAGCCCGAAGUUCAGCCAGGACUUAAAGAGCAGCCGGAGCCAGAACUUCAAGCUGAUCUGGAAGACUCACCAGAGCCGGAAGUUCAAGCGAGAGCAGAAGUGCAGGCAAGCCCGGCAGCUGAAGAAGAACAAGAGGUUCAAGCAAGCCCAAAAGUGCAGGCAGAACCGACUGCCCAUGAAGACAAAGAAGUCCAAGUCGAAUCACAAGGACAUCCAGUAUCUAAGCCCGCCGACCUAAAACUUCCUCCGAGCACGCAGUACUUUACUAGCUCGCAGGAUUUCCUAGACGAUGAUGACAUUUUUCUGGAGCUGGCAGCAGCGCACCAGCUACUUUCUGAAUCGUUUGAUGCAGGAGAGAGGUCGCUAGCUGCAUCCCAUUCUUCACCGAGGAUAGAGAUAAAGGAGGCACCGGAAAAUGCACAAGCCAAUGUCGCUAAAACUAUAGUCGUGGAUUCACCUCAACAUUGCCCUUCUCCGGCCAUCCCAACCAAACCAACAGCGUGCCCUUCGUCUCCACCAAGGCGGCAACUAGCAUCACCGGUUUUGCAAAGAACGCCACGGCCUCGGAUCGAGUUCAACGGUUCAGGGGUUUCACCGGAAUUAACAUCUUCAAACCCCUUUUCACUGAAGCAGACAGCGUUACGGUCAAUGAGCAAACCUAUUCCGAAACCCAGUACCCCGGUUGUAGCUUCGGUUAUGGGCCCGCCAACCUCCAUCGUCCGUCCUCGCACAACCUUGUCGACGCCUAUACGCUCGCAAAGCAGACAGAUGCCAGCGCUAAGGGCGAAUAACUCCUUAUCACAGAGAUCUGCGCCAGGUUCUGGGACGGGUGGCUCUAGCCAUCGUCUACCCCUAAACGAUAUCUCAAAACACGCACAGAAUGCAUCAACCAAGGCAAUGGCAUCACCCUCCGCUCGCUCGAAGCCGUUCCUCAAGCCCAGCCUAUUACCCACCCACGCAGCACCGAAAGUGUCGCCGUCCACCUUACCAACAAGCACGCAACUAUUCCUUGUUGACCACCUUGAUGAUUUCUUCCCCAGCCCAUCGCAAGAACUGCGGGAGUUGCUUGAAGAUAUUGAAGAUGAUGACAUCCCAUCCAACACCCAGGUCGCUCGUGAAAUUGGGAGAGACAGUGUGGUAGCACGGCCAAUCCUUGUUGAACCAGCACAACCAAUACUAGACGACGAUUUCCCAUGGAUGUCUUCUCGAGAAUUGAUGUUCUCAUCACAGGAAUUACGGGAGCUUGAGUUGCCGAGCAAGGUAUCCCCUGUGCCCGCGCCGCCACCGACGCCAUGGGAUAUGAGGCGCGCGCGGAAACCAAGAUUCUUCGUUGAGAAGGAGGAAGAUCUCUUUGCUGCGGCCAUUCACGAAAGUAAACUUCAAAGCAAGGUAGAUGACGAGGCAGCUAAGCUGCGCUUGGAGAAUAUGAGGAUUGAAAGAGAACUACUCGGCACUAGACAGUCAUCGCAGCGUCACACACCGAGUGCCAAACGACAGAGUCAAGAUGCGACCAGGCUAGAUGCAGGUGCAGAUGAUGUAUCGGAACAACUAGAGAGCUUAAACGCAAGCCAAUUGACGAAGCUGAUGGAUGGGAUUGAAAGUGACGAAUACAGCGAUGAUUUUGACGACGAGGAAGCCGAAGCUUCGAUGAUUGCCUUUGGUCAUAAGCUGGAAAAUCCAUUUGCACCAGUCUACGAGACUGAGACUGAAUCUGAGACCGAGUCGGAGAAACAUGAGAGUUUCAUACAACGCUUCUUGGAGGACGACGCGGAAGCAUUCGCAAAUGCAGAGGAUGCAUAUGCGUUUAUGUGAAGUUGCUGGUAGUUAUGGUCUGACAGGUCUUCUGAGGAGGCACUGGAACAGCGGAGAGGCACAAGAGAGGUGGCGUAUUGUUAUUUUAUGUCUGGAUAGUAGGAGGCAUGGCGGGGCUCCAAAGGAUGGAUUGAAUUUGGCAUUGUAUUUGGGGGAGGAGGACAAGAUAUGAGAUACCCAGGGCGGUGGUUUUGGCGUUUUUAGAAGUGUUUUUAAGGCCAGUGUUGGAAUAUGAUCAAAGAAGUGCUUGAUGCCCUUU